UUGUUCCCCCUCCCCUCCAAGAAACGUAGUUCUCAGUGGCCAAUGGUAUUACCUCAUUCUCUGUAUAUUGAUGGCAUUGCAAACUUUAUCAACUAUCCUCGCUCCUUGAUUCGUAUUCUACAUCGUCGAGUAAUAGGAAACGUUUACAUUCCGGCGUUAUGGAACGCUAUGCCACUCAAAUGUGACGAAAUAUUUCCAGUGGUUGUUUUUUCCCACGGUUUGGGGGGCUGCCGAACGUCAUAUUCCACAAUAGCUCUAGAAUUAGCCUCUCAAGGAUACAUAGUAGCUUGUUUGGAACACAGAGACCAUUCUGCCUGUUUGAGUUAUUAUUUCAAGAAGGCUAGAGUUUCGUCUCGAGGAACGUUACCAGGAGCUGACCUUUCAGAAAUUGACUUUUGUGAGGUCGAUGGCAAGUUCGAUUGGGAAUCAGGUGACGAAGAAAAGGAUGAAAAUGAAGAUUGGGUUGACUUGGAAGACGAUCUUGAAGAAGCUGAUGGAGUUAUAAAGGAUUCUAGUCGAAUAUCCGUAGGAAAAUUAAGUGGAAUUUCAGAUGUAGCCAAAGAAUGGGUUUUUUAUCGUCGCAUCCGGAGAAAGAAAGAUGAAUAUACAAUUAGAAACAAACAGGCGAAACAACGUGCACGAGAUUGUUCGCACGCACUGGACAUUCUGGAAGACCUCAAUCGUGGACGUCAGAUAAAAAACAUUCUAGAUCAUCACUUUGAUUCAACUUUGUUCCAAGGAACGAUGGAUCUCUCGAAAGCAGCCGUUGCUGGUCAUUCCUUCGGUGGCUCCACUGUCAUUUUAGCCCUCGCCAUGGAAUUACGCUUUAAGUUAGGCUUAGCUUUAGACUGUUGGAUGUUCCCAUUGAGAGAGAACCAAGACCUGUUUUCCAUGGUGACGCAACCGAUUCUUUUCAUUAACAUGGAGAAAUUUCAAACGUGGGAAAAUCUCGAUGUUAUGAAAAACCUGGAGACUGAAGAAAUUGAACGGAAAGUUGUGACCAUCAAGUUGGUUUAGUUUUUUAAAUAUUAUUGAAUUUCAUGGAUUUUAUUUCUCUGUCAUUAAUACCCAUCGAUUACUUCUUUGGUACUUAAUGACUAUAAAUUGUUUUGGUGACAUGACCUGGAAAUGACUUUUAGGUAACUAGGUAAAUUAAAAAUAUAUAGUAACAAUUAUACUUCUCGAGAUUGAGCACACAACAUACUGUUUAUAAAAAUAAA